UUGGCGUAAAACUUAAAUCACGGGCGGGAGAGGAGCAGAUCAGACUGAGGUAGCAUGUAGCUCGGCUGAGGAUCGAUUUAAAGUUUUUAAAAUAGUUUUUAAUGUUUCUGAAAUACUUCAGAUAAAGGUUUAACCUUUAUUAAGUAUUUCUGUCGAAGAGGAAUCAGGAAGAGGACUCUUUCUUUCACUUACGGCAUCGUUUCCCUCUAAACUCACCGAGGAAGAAUCAACAGUUUGAAGAUGAUCAUGAAGAGGCAGAAGCGUAAGCUCCCUCCAGAGGACAUGGAGGUGUCAGACAGGAGCAACCCUUUCUGGGAGAGCCAGCGCCAGUUUGUGUUCUCCGUCUCCCUGAACAAGUACCAGCGGAGUCAGGAGCUACCUGAACCCAGCCUGCGGAGGUCUGUCCUCAUCGCAAACACACUGCGGCAGGUCAGCCUGGAGGCAGCCUGUAUGGCGCCCUCUGCAGACUGGGAGAUGUCACAGCCUCCUUGUAGCUCUUCUAGCAGCCUCUCAGCUCUCACCAGCUUCCCUCUGGUUCCUCUUAAUAACCCGUCAAACUAUGCUGUAAGCAGGUCCACGACCAGCAGCGCCCCCAGUGCCUUUAACGUCCCUCUUCCUCUCAAAGAUGAAGAUGAGGACUGGGGAUCAAUGUCCAUGGAUUCAGAUUUCUCCCUGUCAGCUGCCAUCUCCUCGAUUCUCUCUGCACUGGACUCUACCAUGGAUGGGAGCAUGCAGGCGGCUCCGAGGACACCCCUCAGGUCUUUAGAGAACCUGUCAGGUCCCUCUGAGGGACCUGUGGCAGGGAUGAGGCAUGGGUUUAGAGAUUUUGGGGGAAUGGGGGAACAACAGUGUAGGUCAGGGUCCAGCUACCUCAGUGAUCUCACUGUUGAAGAUCUGUUCCAGGACAUAGACACGUCCCUGCUGGAGAAGGACAUGUGUGUGCUCGGGCUCAGUGGAAGCGGGAAUGUUUCUAGUGAUGAGCUUUUACGAUACCUGCCACCUUUGUCGUCGGUCUCCCCCUCGCACCCUUUCCCCCUCUCUCUCACCCAGAAUCUAAAGUGCCUGCCUUCAUUCUCCUCGUUCAGCCCGUCAUCAACCUCGCCUUCUUUUUCUUCGCCACCUUUCUCUGCUCAAAGUCAUGUUAAAGAGGUGUUUGAGCUGGAGCAUCUGAUGGAGAUCCUGGUGGAGGCCUGAAGAGUCCACUUUGACUUGAGGAAGCCUGAACACCAUGGACAAAAACUGAAUCCCCAAGAGAUAAAGCAAAAAAUGUGCCUAAUGUCAGAAACUCAAGUUGUUGUUGUUGUUGUUUUUAUAUUCUGCUCAUGUACAGUGAGUUAUGGUCUGUGGAAAGUUGUAAGAAUGCUGUAGAAAUGUAGAAAAGGUUGAUGUGUGUGACAGGAGCUCCAGAGUUUGGUUAUCUUGAUGCAUUUGACUUCUUUUUUCAGCCUUUCUGCACUCCAGAGAACACGGAGGUUAAAAGCAGUAAAAAUGAUGGGGGUAGUGAGCCAGACUGGGCUGUAAGUUUCCCCCUCAGUGAGUAAGACAUGAGUCACUGCACAAUGAAAAAAAAAAAGCAUUUUACUACAGUUUCCUGUGUGACUCAUCGGGGUUGAACUUUUGGAGGGAGAUGCUUGAUAAGAGAGCAGGAGCAGAGACAAACCGGCUGCAGUGUCGCCUUAAAAAAGUCAAAUGCAUCAGCUUCAAGUGAUCCUGUCCUCACUGAACAUGUAGAGCAGCACAGGCAGCCAUGAUUCAUUCAGCAGACUAAUGUUGGGGGACAAAUCCUCGUUUUAAGAGUCUGAUAUGUUACUGAGCUCUAAAGGAGAUUGAGAUCUGGCUGAUGUUUGAAGUCGUACGGUUGUCACACUAACGUUUAACGUCAAAUCUUCUGUGAAGAAAUCCUUUAACCCCGUUUUUAUACGUUCCACGGGGGGGGGGGGGGGGUGAAAUCAAGUGCAGAGAUGAGGGUUUCAAAAAGGAGGAGCACAAAAGAAAAUGUUCUUACUACUCCUUUAAGAUGUCUGCAUAUUUAUUAUACCGGGUGGUUUAACCGGAGGAAAUCAUAAGAAGUGUGUUUAAGAGAUUUCAUGCGUGAUAAAGUCUUGAAGGUUAUCUUUAAAGGGACAGUUCCUCAUUGUGUCCUUUACUUUAUCCUCAGUGACAGAUCGUUGUAGCUCCAGCAGGAAAUUGUUUAUUCAAGUAAAGGGAGGGCAGCUACCUCGAAAAUGACUCGUGUGAUGAAGCACGAGAGAGUUUAAAGGAGUUCUUUACAGUCUGAGUGCAGCUGAGAAACCCUGCGACCAUCUCAGAGGGUUUAAGUAGACGCCUUAUUUAGAAAACAUCCUCAGGAGGAUGAAAAAUUAAUCUACACCACUAUGCAGCGACCUCUGCUGCACAGAUGUGACGGUAUGGGUCAGUCCGGGUCGGGUCAGCUUCAUACUUUGAGGCCUGGAUUCUUGUAAAGUCUGGACGGUUCUCACCUCCAGCCUGUGAUCAUUACUCACAUUUUAACCUGUGUUGAGUUGGCCUGUUUGACCGGUUUACAUCAGAAUUAUUGCACUUUUUUAAAGAAACUGCAUUUCAAAGUCACGUCAGCACGUGGUUUGUGUUCCUGUGUUUUGAACAGAGAGGUAACGUUACAUGUUUGGAGAACGUUGAGUCUUGUUACGUUUUAUUUGCCUAAAAGAUCAACGUGGAAAAUGUGUUUGCUAUCGGGCAUUUUAACCUUCAGUGCUGAAAUGCAUGAUGGGAAACGCUGUGAUGAACUGUUAAGAGGAAGCACAUGACGUCUUGUUUGUCAGACUUUUGUACAUUUAUUGAUUAUGGAUCAAAGUUGCUUUCUAUGCAAAGGUCCCCUGAAUAGCUGGGCUCAGUCCCAAACUAUUUAUAAGUUCUGUUUCAUUCUUAUUCACUAAUGAUGUUUUUAUGUACUGUGUUUACUUUUCUGUCCUCUAUAAUGUUUAUGUUUUGAGAUUGAGGGCAGAGCGCCCGGUUACUUUGUAUUUAGACCUUUCCUAAAGAAGGCCAAUGUUCACUUACACUGUUUUUAAUAAAAGGAGAAACUAA